AUGAAACUAUUGACUCAACAAAAACCUUUUCCUCAACCAGUUCCAAUUUUGUUUCUUUCUUUCGUUCGAAGAGAAAAACAACAGACCAAACCAAAACAACGUUUGACUUACUCAUAAUUAUCCAUCUCUGUAAGUUUUCAUCUUUUUUGUGUGUUUUAAUUCUCUGUUUUCUCAAUCAAGAUCUGCAAUUUGUUUAUGUAAUGGAUAGCAAUUACACUGCUAUUCAAAAAAAUUCGUACGUUGAAUUACAAUUGCAACACCAUGAUUAUGAUAAUUCUGAGAUCCCCACAAAUACCCAUCUCAAAUUUCAUGAUGGGGAUGGCUUUAAGGAUUCAAAGGUUGAAACUUUUAACAUGUUAGAUUGUAAUGUUGGUGAGGAUGAUGAUUUUGAUGUUGACAAUUAUCCAUUGGUGAAACAAUCUGGCAAUGAUAAUGAUAGUAAAUGGUCUGGUAUUUAUGGUGCUGUGUUUAAUCUUACUACAUCGAUUAUUGGCGCCGGGAUCAUGGCUUUACCGGCGACAAUGAAGGUUCUUGGAUUGGUUUUAGGGGUGGUGUUGAUUGUUUUGAUGGGGGUUUUGUCGGAAAUUAGUGUCGAGAUGUUGAUUAGGUUUUCGGUGCUUUGUAAGGCUUCGUCUUAUGGUGAAGUUGUUCAAUGUGCUUUAGGGAAAACUGCAAAGGUUUUGUCUGAGAUUUGUAUUAUUGUGAACAAUGCUGGUGUUAUGGUUGUGUAUUUGAUUAUUAUCGGUGAUGUUAUGUCGGGUUCUCUUCAUCAUAUGGGGGUUUUCGAUCAGUGGUUAGGGCAUGGGAUGUGGGAUCAUCGGAAGCUGGUGGUUUUGAUUGUGGUGGUGGUUUUUCUUGCGCCUCUUUGUUCUCUCGAUAAGAUUGAUUCUUUGAGCAUGACUUCGGCUGCUUCCGUGGCUUUAGCUGUUGUGUUUGUUGUCGUGUGUUUUAUUGUUGCUUUUAUUAAGCUUGUGGAAGGGAAAAUAGAGGCUCCAAGGAUGACUCCUGAUUUUAGUUCGAAGAUGGCUAUCUUAGAUUUACUUGUGGUGAUUCCAAUCAUGACGAAUGCUUAUAUCUGCCACUUUAAUGUUCAACCAAUUUAUAAUGAGCUUGAAGGGCGGUCGCCUCAGAAGAUGAACCGGGUGGGGAGAAUUACAACUGUUCUUUGCGUUGGCGUUUAUACUUCAACUGCUAUAUCAGGCUACUUACUGUUCGGGAAGGAUACCGAAGCUGAUGUCCUGACCAAUUUUGACGCAGACUUAGGUAUUGCGUUUAGCUCUACAUUGGAUUAUAUUGUUAGGGUCGGUUAUAUUCUUCAUUUGGUUCUUGUUUUUCCGGUUAUUCAUUUCUCUUUAAGGCAAACAGUGGAUUCCGUGGUUUUUGUGGGAUCCGCUCCACUUUCAGAGAGUAGGAAGAGAUCUUUGGCAUUGACAGCAGUGCUAUUAGGGCUGAUAUACUUUGGCUCUACCAUGGUUCCCAACAUCUGGACAGCUUUUAAAUUUACAGGGGCAACUACAGCAGUGUCGUUAGGCUUCAUUUUUCCGCCUCUUGUUGCACUGAGAUUGGGCCAUCGAGGGGAGGGUUUGAGUCGUGGGGAUAAAUUACUUUCAUGGGUAAUGUUAAUUAUGGCAGUAGUAGUCAGCAUUGUUGGAGUGGCUGGAAAUAUUUAUAGCCUUAAAAGCAAAUGAUUAUCUUAGUUGUUUUAUCACUUUUGUGGUAGUCACUACAAAGAAAAUUAUGGCGAUAUUCCAUUAAGGCGAGGGGGAAUAUCGCUGUUUUCAUGUUUCUCCGGUGCCUAAUCAUAUCAUAUAACUGAAUUAUAUAAUGAAAAGUUCUGGCCCUUGGCGAAUGCUGUUUGUAAUUGCAUUAUGCUAGGAGUUCGAACAGAGGCUUGGAUCAAUCUGUGAGAGGUGAUGAUGUUUCAGAUACGAGGAAUUCUUGGAGAAACUUUGAUAGGCUUUAUCAGCUUUGAAGAUCAUUUACAGAGAAUUCUUUUACGUUAACCUACUACAUGUAAGUCGAUAAAAAGUUCUUUGAAUUGAUGAGUUAGUUCCUAUACUUGUGUAAUUUUUGUAGCAACAAUAAGUUGAGACUAUAUACAUUGUCAUUGACAGCAAGACUGCUGCUAAAAUGAAUUGUUUUAGCAGGGAGCUUGCAGCCAUAUUACAAGAGGCAUUACAGAACUACAAUUUUGGUUCAUCAAAUAAAAGCUUGCCAAUUUCUUCAA